AUGAGCUUCAGUGCAGAAGCAGUUCAGUCCAAACUGGAGGCUAUCCUUGCGAGCAGCCACCGACAAGUUGCGGCCCGAUGUACGUUGUAUUGUGCCGAGCUUGUCGAGGCCGCUCGUGAGGACGAGCGCCAGCAGAUUCGCGACAGGCAAAUAGCUCAAAUGUCUCCGGGAUCAGCAGGUGCUUGGACGCGAGGCUUUUUCGGGGACAGCUUUCCCCACCAAGAGACGCAGAACCCAAAGUUGGCGCAGCAGCCCACUCUGGAUCAGUGUCACACGGAUCGCACAACGGAUCGGGAUUGCGAGUGGAUCCUGCGUACAGCAUUCGAGAUUAGAAACAAGGUGGUCCAGCGUCGAAGAAGUUCAAAGGAAGCCCUGCAAUCUCUUGAGGAGGUGGAUCUGGUCGAAGAGGCCACCCGGAGUCGCGCGGUCUCCAUGAGCAAGAAGCAGGUGCCCUCAAUCCUGGAUCCAGCCCUCGUCGAGCGAAUCAACUACUUCCGCCACAUGGUGCAAAAUGCCAUCAGACUCUGGCAGGACAAGCUGCUGGAUGAUACUCCGAGCCUUUCACGGAGUGCAACGGUCUUCCCCGGAAAUGUCCAGGGCAAGGCCGCUAAGUGGUCGGCCAGGACAGAUCUCGCCCCAUGCCUUGACAGCGAGAGCCUGGAAGAAAGCGGGAGGAGCCCUUACCGACACCUGAUCUCGUCAUGUUCAACUCUCUCUGCCAAGAACUUGGAUCUCCCAACGGAGCCCACAGGUGACAGGACUGCGGCAUCCUCCGUCAAGUCCACGACACCGAAGAGUCGCAGAGAGCUGCACGAGGAUUUGGGCCGAGAACUGGAGCAGCUUGCAAAGGACCUGCGCAACGCGCAGAUCAUCAAGUCUUAUUGA